CACAUUACACCAAUUACUCUUGUACAAUAACAAACGUCGUGUAACGUCGCGUAAUGUUUGGGAUUAUCGUGCACCUCCAAAGACGAGGCGGUUCGACUAUAUCUACAGACCCAAAUGAUCCAUCAUCGUAUCCUACAACACCGCCAGCAAGCACGCAGACACACUUCAGGAGUGUACCGGAGAUAGGAGGGUCGGAAGGAGGAUUUAUUGGUCUCGUCAUUGGCCUAGCCAUUAUAUUUGUAGGCUCAUGCAUUGGGGUGUUCUUCCUCUUGCGUAAUUGGAAGCACGGCGGACGUACGGUACCUGGCAAAAGUGGUGAAAUUGGGAAGGAGCCGCCACCUUCAUCUGGCUUCCCAAGGCGGCGGGGAACGCUUUUCGGCUUCAGGAGUAAGAAUCCAAAGCAAGCAGGCUGGGUACGUGCUCCUGGUGAGGACGAGGAUGAUUGGGACGCGAAUGAUACGCUGGGAACGGGACCGUACGACCCUGCUCCAGGACAUGGCACGAAUUACGAAUCAGAGCCCGUGAAGCUUGACAGGAGUAUGCAUGGAGGAAACAACGGACUGCGUGGUGAGGUUACGGUGCCUAACCUGGGGUAUUCACAUGAACGGCAAAGAGAUGGGUCGGAGAUUGACCUUCACGCUCCAAAUCGUCAGCCCGAAGAUGACCCGUUCUAUCCUCCUCCUCGAUCGACUUCUCCUAACACAAUGGUAGACGACUCCUUAUCUCACUAUCCGGCAUAUAUCGACCACUUGAACAUGAGAAACGACUCACAACCCAGACAUAUGUCUGUCGACUCGGCAGAAACCGUAUUCACCUUUCCCGGCGGGACAAAGUUCAAGGAAGAUCUUUGAUUGCCUUUGAUCGCUAACGGACUGACAUUUUGACCUCGCUUCCUUUGUCCCCUCUGAUGCCCGCGACGAUUGUAUUUAUUUUUCUGCCUACUUGCAUGUAUAGUACAUGUAUUUCGGAUUGAUGUCUGUGUACUCUGUCAUUUCCGUUGGUUGAACUAGGACUGUACUAC